ACGAACGUUGACAAAAAUCUGUACGAGAAAACGAAGAAGCACGCACUCAGACACCGUCUCCUACACACAUUCGUCCAAGUCUUCUUCCCAAAGCAAACAAAUUUUAGCUUUUCAACGCUUACAAAAGUUCUACAUAUUCUGUUCCUUAAACACACGAUUAUAUUCGUAAAAUUUUCAGCUUCUGUGUUAGAUACGACCUUGAUCUUACAUCGGAAGAUUAUCCGGCGGAGCAGUUCGAGGCUCACCGGAGUAAAAAGACGUCUAUUUUUUUUUUGUUAAAGAGUUUGUUUUAGUCGGACUCUAGGGUUUUGAAUUUCGUCGGAGAGAUGUUAUCAAAUCAUUUACAGAACGGGAUGGAGACGGCGAAGCUGCUGUGGUCGCGGCUGCCGACUUCCGAUGCGGAAGGCGAGGACGGCGUCCGAAUCGGACACUAUAAGAAGACCGACGGCGGCACGGUGGAGAGUCUUGACUAUGAAGUUAUUGAAAACUAUGCUUAUAGAGAAGAGCAGGCGCUAAGGGGGAAGCUUUAUAUGUAUUAUUCAGUAUGUGUAAAGUGGUUUUUUGCCUUGUUAAUUGGGAUCGGAACGGGAUUUGCUGCUGUUUUUAUCAACAUUUCUGUAGAAAAUUUUGCGGGAUGGAAGUAUUCACUGACUUUUAACAUAAUUCAAAAGUCAUAUUUUGCUGGUUGUAUCAUAUACAUAUUAUUCAACUUGGCGCUGGUUUUGUCCUCUGUAUAUAUUAUCACACAUUUUGCACCAGCCGCAGCAGGAUCUGGAAUUCCAGAAAUUAAGGGCUACUUGAAUGGAAUUGACACACAUGGUAUCCUUCUUUUCAGGACAUUGGUUGGAAAAAUAUUUGGAAGUAUAGGUUCAGUUGGAGGUGGUUUAGCCUUAGGAAAAGAAGGUCCACUUGUACAUACUGGUGCUUGUAUUGCUUCUUUGCUUGGACAAGGUGGAUCUACUAAGUAUCAUCUAAGUUCAAGGUGGCUACAAGUGUUCAACAGCGAGCGAGAUCGUCGUGACCUUGUAACCUGUGGAUGUGCAGCAGGAGUUGCUGCUGCUUUCAGGGCUCCAGUUGGUGGUGUAUUAUUUGCAUUAGAAGAGGUUACGUCUUGGUGGAGAAGUCAACUGAUGUGGCGUGUCUUUUUUACUUCGGCCAUUGUGGCUGUGGUUGUCCGUACUGCAAUGGGGUGGUGCAAGAGUGGGAAAUGUGGUCAUUUUGGAUCUGGUGGCUUCAUUAUCUGGGAUGUCUCAGAUGGUCAAGAAGACUAUUCAUUCAUGGAGUUGCUGCCAAUGGCAGUUAUUGGAGUCAUUGGUGGUCUUCUGGGAGCAUUAUUUAAUCAGCUUACUCUUUAUAUAACUAACUGGCGUCGAAAUUAUCUGCACAAGAAAGGCAACCAUGUCAAAAUUAUAGAAGUGUGUCUCAUCUCUGUGAUCACCUCCAUUAUCUCGUUUGGAUUGCCGCUUUUUAGAAAAUGCACUCCUUGCCCUGAAUCAGAUUUGAAUUCUGGUAUCGAGUGUCCACGUGCACCUGGAAUGUAUGGGAAUUAUGUCAAUUUCUAUUGCAGUAGCAAGAUGGAGUACAAUGAUCUAGCAACAAUAUUCUUUAAUACCCAGGAUGAUGCCAUUCGAAAUUUAUUUAGUGCAAAGACAAUUCAUGAAUUCAGCGCCCAGAGCCUCCUGACAUUUUUGGUAAUGUUUUAUGCUCUAGCUGUGGUAACAUUCGGCACUGCUGUUCCAGCCGGACAAUUUGUCCCUGGUAUAAUGAUUGGGUCCACCUAUGGACGUUUAGUUGGCAUGUUUGUUGUUAGCUUUUACAAGAGGCUGAAUAUUGAAGAGGGAACAUAUGCUCUGCUUGGUGCUGCUUCUUUUCUUGGGGGAUCGAUGAGGAUGACAGUAUCCCUCUGUGUCAUAAUGGUUGAAAUUACCAACAACUUGAAGUUGCUACCUCUUAUAAUGCUUGUUCUUCUUAUAUCAAAGGCAGUUGGUGAUGCUUUCAAUGAAGGCUUUUAUGAAGAACAGGCCCGAAUAAGGGGCAUUCCAUUACUGGAAUCAAGACCCAAGUACCAGAUGCGGAGUAUGACUGCAAAGGAUGCCUGUGGUAAUCAAAAGGUUGUUUACUUUCGUGUUGUGAAGGUCUCUGACAUAGUGUCCAUUUUAAGGAGUAAUAUGCACAAUGGAUUUCCUGUUAUUGAUCACACCAGAAAUGGAGAAACGCUUGUUAUUGGGCUGAUGUUACGAAGUCACUUAUUGGUACUUCUCCAGUCAAAGGUUGAUUUUCAACACAGUCCUUUGCCCUGUGAUCUAAGAGGUGGUUCUUUGCCAAUCAGGCAUAACCUCAGUGAGUUUGUUAAACCUGUUUCAAGUAAAGGAAUAUCACUAGAGGAUAUUCACCCAAGUCGAGAUGAUUUGGAAAUGUAUAUUGAUCUUGCCCCCUUUGUAAACCCAUCCCCAUACAUUGUCCCUGAAGACAUGUCAUUAUCAAAGGUUUACAAUCUUUUCCGUCAACUUGGACUAAGACAUAUAUUUGUUGUUCCCCGUGCUUCUCGUGUUAUUGGUAUGAUUACAAGAAAGGAUUUAUUAAUUGAGGAACAUGAGCAUUCUGGUGCAGUAGAACUCCAAUCCACUAGUGUAAGAGGUCAGAAACAUGACAAAAGAAUAAGGAAGAGAAAUACAGAUGGUGAACAGCCUCUACUUGAUGGACUUCUAGUUUAACUUUGUUAGCUGAUGGUAGUACUGCUAUUUGUAUGCACUAACUUACCAUCUGCAUCUUUCUAUUUUUUGUUACUACGAAUCUAAUUCUUUAUUCUCUCAUGUACCCGCCCAGGUUAUAGCAACUGUAUAUAGUAGUGUAUUUGUUACCCCCUAAUGCUUGGGGUGGUUAAAAAGGAAAUUAAUAGAGAGUACUUAUUUAAUGUUGAUGAGGGAUGAUGAACCAGAGUCGUAUUCUUGUGUCCUCUCGGAUUUACAGGAAGAGUCCAUAGUGUGUGUUCAGUUCAUUGUUGCAUAAUGAGAAGGGCAAUAGAUGAAA